CGGGAAGUGAGGACGGGAAAUGGGGACGGGAAGUGGAGCAGGGAAAUGAAAAGACAUUAAAGUGACAUUUCCAAGUUUUUAAAAAGACUGUAAUGUCAACAUUACAUAUAUGGUUAAAAAUAAAAAAUAUUGAAAACUCAAAUCGAUUGAGUUAUUAUUAAUGGAGCUAUGAUUUUUUAAAAAUAAUGAUGUUUUGUAAAGUAAAACUCUAAGGUGCAUUAGUUAAAAAUAUUUUUGAAUAUGCAGGGUACUCUGAAAUGGGGUAUGCGACAGAACUUUGUUAUUUGAAAUGGAACACCCUAUAUUUUAGUACAAUAAUGGAUUGUUCUGAAAAUCCUACAUACUUUUUGUCAGGAAUUACCUAUACUAAAACUCAACCGUUUUUGAAAAACCUAUUCAAUAUUUUUUCAAAAAGUCGCUGUUUGCAUGUGUCAACAUUGACCUUUUCAAUUUAAAAGCCUCUCUCUCUGGCAUCAAACUGUCAGACGCCAAAAGAGUAUGAAAACAAUGGUUGACAGCCGUUGACAGUGGUUUGUAGACAAGACUUUUGAAAGAAACUAUUAUUUUCUCGGGUUUUUCAAGGUUUUUUCUUAACAAUGGUGAUUGUGUGUAGUGUGCCUAUCCAUAAAUCUAAUUCCUAUUUAUUCCUAUUCACCGGCGGACGUGUUUUUCCAUAAGUUUCCAUCAAAUACUACAUUUGUCAAAACUUGGAUACACAAAAUCAGAAUCCGGAAAGGAUACUCGCAAAAGAAAGGGAAAUCCACAGCCCAUCAAAUCUACAAAGUAAUCCACGUUCAAGUUUAGUUUGCAGAAGCUGUUUGCUUCCAAAAUAAUCCACCACCGGCUCCAUAGCGAAGUUCUGCGAAUGAAGCAGUGACUUUUCCUACAUUUUCUUCCCAAUUUCAAACCCUGCGUUUUUAUUAUCAAAUUUUACCGAUGGAUCCAUCAUUCUAUGUCGGUCAUUGUCAUUUUCCAUUCACUUAACAAAGAUAGCUAACUCAUUCUCAUUGGUGAAGUCACCGAUUCAAAUAAAAAUGAGGGGAUUGCUAAACACCCAAUACACAUUGACAUUGACAAGCAAGCAAAUUUUGGCGGGAAAAUGAAUGUUUUCAUACUUAUCGUCCAUCUCUUUUAAUUGAAAACGUCAAUUAUUUAUUAUCACUUCCGGUUUGACAGGACUUUCUUAUUUUAAAGGAGACGCCAGGUAUUUUUUCUCUUAUUUCAAUAGGAAAUUACAUUACGAGUUCAAUGACACCUUAUUUGUUACUUUUUGACAUUUCAUUUCCAAAUUAUUUUAAUUUUUACUUUUCAAUCUAGAGUGCCAUGAAAAAUUUGUUUUGAUCUUGGAUUAAAACUUUGAAAAAUUUCAAGAUUUUUGAAAUGUUGCUAAAAGUUAAGAGGUAUUUUAAACUGUUCUGAAAUGUUCCUGAAAACUCUACAUUUGUUCUUAACUGUUCUGGAACGUUCAAGAAGGUUCCUGAAAAUUCUAAAUGUUCUACAAUGAUCUAGAGCGUUUUAAAUUGCUCUUGAAAAUGUUAACUUGGAUUAAAACUUUGAAGCUCUUUGAAAUGUUGCUGAAAGUUGAGAGGAAUUCUGAACUGUUCUGGAAUGUGUUUGAAAACUCUAUAUUUGUUCUAAAGUGUUCUGGAACGUUUAAGAAGAAAAAAGUUUUGAAUUGGGUUAAAGGGCCUCAAAACUCCUCAAAUUUCAAGCUAAAGAGAAGGAAGAAAUUUUUACUUUUUUCAAGAAACUUUCUAUAUUAGGGAUGAUUUUGCUUGCGGAGGUCAUUCUAGGUUCCAAGUAUCUGAAAACAAAAUAAAGUUGAUUUUUAUUUCAAAUUAGGCAAAAAUGAGUCACUUUAAGAAGCAAAUUAUUUAAUAAAAGCCGCGUCUAUUAAAUUUAGACAAAUUCAUUCCGGCCUCCAUCCUGAACAUUCAAUUUGAAAAUUAUUGUAGCCUGAGUUAAUGAAUAGACGCCUCUUUCUUGAAGAAAAAACAACAAUAACGUAAUCGUCUUCAAAGUGUUUAUUCCGGAAUUAAGUUUUUUUUUGGGACAAUAAUUAUUGUUUCAAAGUCUUAUCUUUGUUGUUUUAUAUAGUGUCAAAGUGAUUGUAUGUUAUCAUAAUAAAAAUAUUUUUGGUUUGGUGUAACAAUGUAUUCGGGAAGCGAAGAGGUAAGGCAGAAAAAUCCCAGACAAACUUCAAACUUAUUAUCUUUUUUAACUUUUGGUUACACCCUUCAACUAUUCAAAAAAGGCAACCUCCAAGAAAGUGAUAUUUACGAAGUACCAACAUUUUGCAGCUCAAAACGAUGCGGCGACAAAAUCGACCAAGAUUGGCAAUAUUGCAAAAGCACCCUAAGACUUUUAAUAAAACGUUUUGGAAAUAAAUAUUUCCUGUACACUGCUAUACAUACCACAUGGGAUUUAUUUAGAAGUACAAUCCUCCCUUACGCAAUGAGCCGAUUCAUAGCCUACUUCGAAAAAAACCAAACUCGUAUAACAAAACAAGACUCAUACUUCUAUGGCUUCACAAUCAUAUUCGUUUACAUUUUCCAAAGUUUAUGGAUCCAUAACUAUUUCACAUUAGAAUGUACUCUUGGGACUCAAAUAAGAUCCUCGAUAACAUCCUUAAUAUACAGGAAAGUUAUCAAACUGCGACCUGACCAAGUGAAAGGCUCGAGCAUGGGAAGCAUAGUGACAAUUUUGACCAAAGAUAUUCGCACCAUAGAAAGUACUAUAUGGCCUUUGAGCGACACAAUUUUGGGCCUUAUUAAGUUCUUUUAUCUCAGUUAUUUGUUGUAUAUAAGAAUCGGAAUACCUUCAUUGGUGGUCACUGGUUUAAUGGCUAUGACAGUUGCUUUGCAAGCAAUUUUAAGUAAAUUUGUCUUGAAAUUGAGGCUAAAGGUUGGCAAAAAGGCCGACGAAAGGCUUCAGUUUACCAGAGAAAUUUUGUCGGCAAUUAAAAUCAUCAAAAUGUACACUUGGGAGAUGUUUUUUCAUCGGAGAAUUUGUGAGGCGAGAAAGAAAGAAACGAAAGCCAAUGUACGAAGUUGGUACUUGGGUUACUUUAUUAUAGGUUUUGGGACAAUGUUUGCCAAGUUGCUUUUUCCAGUUUUCUUAUUGUCCUACAUUUCAUUUGGAUAUUCUAUCGAUACGGAGUUGGUUUAUUAUCUAAUGGGAUUAUUUAAGGAGUUCGCCUCGGUUAUAGGCUCACUAUUACCGAACGGUUUCGGCCUAACGGCCGAAUUCUACGCCUCAGUGGUGAGAAUAGGCCGCAUCUUAAACAUGGAAGAGCACCUAACCGACCCCAAAGAAAAAUACAAGACCUUAGAUCGUAUUUUAGCACCCGCCAAGCUAAACUUCCAAAACAUAUCCUUAAGCAUCGAUGGCGAAGCCAUUUUAAGUGAUCUGACUUUGUGCAUAGACAAACCUGGUUUGUACAUGUUCUCUGGACCUUUGGGAUCAGGAAAAACUUCAAUUUUAAAGAUUAUUUUGGAAGAAUACAGCCCUACACGAGGCCAUUUUGAAAUAUUUGGCAAUAUGUCGUAUGCGUCACAAGACCCUUGGCUAUUUCCAGCCACUGUGAGGCAAAACAUCUUAUUUGGCCAAUCAUUUGACUCAGAACGCUACGACAAAAUUAUAGAGAUUUGCUCGUUGCGGCAAGACUUAACACAUUUGCCUAACGGAGACAAUACAGUUGUAAUAGAUGGUGGCUUAAAUUUGAGCAAAGGCCAACAAGCCAGAGUGAAUUUGGCUAGAGCAAUCUACAAACAAAGCGACAUUUACCUGCUAGAUGAUCCUUUGGCUUGUUUAGAUGUUAAAGUGCAAGAUGACAUUUUCCAGGUUUGCAUCAAGCAAUUUUUAAAAGACAAAAUCGUUGUACUUGUAACGCAAAACAAUAAUCAUUUGAAGCAUGCCAAUAAGUUGUACAUCUUGGAACAUGGACGGAUAAAAACAAUAAUAAAGCCUGAUGAAGAGAUAUUUGAUAAUAAUAAAAACCAAUUAAUUAUUAUGCCAAUUAAUGUAGAAAAGCAUCAUAAGCUGGUAAAAAUCUAUCACGAAGACAAAAACAUUGGAAGUGUAGAUGUCAAAAACUAUUACAGAUAUGUCAAAUAUGGCGGUGGAAUCUUGGUUUUUGGUUUUUUAAUUUCGGUAUUUUUCUUGGCUCAAUUGACUGAAAGUUACUCGGACAAACUUGUAUCGCAAUGGGUAGAUUACCAACAAAAUACUACUAUUACAACAAACGAAGAAAUUAGUUAUCAAAGAGAUAAUACCUUCGACAUGUAUAUUAUAAUGAUUGUUUUUUCUACGGUUAUUGAUUUGGUGCAAUCUUAUUGGUUUUUGGCUUAUUGCCGUAAGGCCUCAAUUAGAUUCCAUAAGCUGAUGAGCCAAAGCGUCAUUAAUUGCGUCAUGACUUUUAUGGACAAUCAUUUUGUUGGAAACAUACUAAACAGGUUUUCUUAUGAUCUGGAUCACAUAGACGAAGUCUUUCCGUUUUUGUUUAGGGAUCUUAUCAUUGCCUUUUUUGGUAUCGGCGGUACGUUGAUACUAAUCUUAACUGUCGAUUGGAUAUUUUUGAUUAUAAUGUUGCUGUUUUUCGUUACGCUGGUUGUAUUGAGGGCGUUUUACAUUCCAGCAGCCAGAGCUCUAAAGAGGCUUGGAGCAAUAACAAGAAGUCCAUUUAUUGGUCACUUGAACGCCACAGUAGAUGGUUUGUCGACCAUUCGUGCUUUUAAACAAGAAAGCUUGUUAAAAAAUGAAUUUGACAAGCAUCAAGAUUUAGCUAUAUCUGUGGCUUAUAUGGAAAUGCUUACGGAACGGGCUUUUGGAUAUGCUUUAGAUUUGGACUGUUCGAUUUUUAUAUCGUUGGUCAUUUUGACGUUUUUGUUUGUUGACACUGAUACCUCAGUUGGUAACGUAGGCCUAGCCCUAACUCAAGUCUUUACCAUGUCCAGCUAUCUCCAAUGGAUCGUCAGAACAUGGGCCUCGAUAGAGCAAUGCAUGACGUCAGUGGAAAGAGUAGUCGAGUACACGAAAAUCCCUCAAGAAAACGCCAUUUUGGGUGAAAACCUAUCCAACUGGCCUAAGUACGGCCAAAUUGAGUACCGCAAUGUCAAUUUGAUAUACAAUUUCCAAAGCAGAGUAUUAAAAAAUGUCAGUUUCUUAAUAAAACCUGGCCAAAAAGUGGGUAUUGUUGGGCGAACUGGUGCAGGCAAGUCCUCAAUUAUAACUACACUAUUUAGGCUUUACGAGUACCAAGGCAAUAUUGUCAUCGAUGGGGUGGACAUUUCAAAACUGUCCUUGCAAUUUUUGAGGAGCAAUAUUGCUAUUAUUCCACAAGAUCCUACGAUUUUUCAAGGUACAAUACGUGAAAACAUUGACCCAUAUGGUACUUGCCUGGACAAAGACAUUUGGCGGAGCCUAAAAAACGUUAAAUUAGAAGCUUGGGUGCCCAGUUUAGAUGAAAACAUCCUCAACUUAUCAUUAAGCACUGGUCAAAAGCAGCUAAUUUGCUUCGCUAGAGCCCUAUUGAAAAACAACAGCGUUGUAGUAAUGGAUGAGCCUACAGCCAAUUUGGACACCGAAACUGAUCGAUUAUUGCAUGAUUUAAUAAAACUAAACUUUUCUCAAUGUACUUUGAUAAUGGUGGCUCACCGGUUGGAUUCGAUAUUGGAUUUCGAUAAGGUGAUGGUGAUGGAGAAUGGGGAAGUUGUCGAGUUUGAUAAUCCGAGGAAAUUGUUGGAGGACACUGGGAGUUUUUUUUGGAGGAUGGUUAAUGUAAUUAAAUAGCUAUUGUGAUUAUAAUAA